UUAAUGAUUUUCUUUCUUGUAUGUGUUUCUCCUGUGUUGCAGGAGGCAGGGACGAGCCUUCGAGCUACAUCUGCACCACGUGUAAGCAGCCCUUUCCCAGUGCCUGGUUCCUCCUGCAGCACGCCCAGAACAGCCAUGGCAUCCGCAUCUACCUGGAGUCCAACCCCUCCAGUUCGUCGCUUACCCCCCGCAUCACCAUCCCCGGACCGCCCAUGGGCCAGGACUCCAUCCCCCAGUCCCCCCUCGCCAACUUUCUGGGAGAGAACAACCCCUUCCACCUGUUGAGGAUGACUGGGCCCCUGCUCCGGGAGCCCCCACCAGGCUUCAUGGAGAACCGUGGAGGCCUCCCCAACACGCCGCCCUUCGUCAGCCCCUCACCCCGCCACCACCUGGACCCCCACCGGCUGGAACGCCUUAGUGCCGAGGAAAUGGGGCUCAUCUCCCAGCACCCCAGUGCCUUUGAGAGGGUGAUGCGGCUGACGCCCAUGGCCAUCGAGGCCCAAUCCAUGGACUUUUCCAGGCGGCUCAGGGAGCUGGCGGGGAGCAAUAACGUGGCCACACCUCCUCUUUCGCCCAGCCGGAACAACCCUAUGCACCGCCUGCUCAACCCCAACCCCUUCCAGCCAAGCCCCAAGUCACCCUUUCUCAGCACCCCGCCCCUGCCGGCCAUGCCCCCCAACAGCACCACCCCGCCCCAGACGCAGGCCAAGAGCAAGUCAUGUGAGUUCUGCGGGAAGAGCUUCAAGUUCCAGAGUAACCUGGUGGUCCACCGGCGGAGCCACACCGGGGAGAAGCCCUAUAAGUGUCAGCUGUGUGACCAUGCCUGCUCCCAGGCCAGCAAGCUGAAGAGGCACAUGAAGACACACAUGCACAAAUCUGGCUCCAUGACAGGGAGGUCUGACGAUGGGCUUUCCACCACAAGCUCCCCCGAGCCAGGCACCAGCGAAGUGACCGGAGAAGGCAUGAAGAACAGAGAGGGAGACUUCAGGGGUGAGGGUGAAGAGGAGGAAGAGGAAGAGGAUGAAGAGGAGAUGGAGAACGAGAGCAGGCCAGAGUCAAACUUCAGCAUGGACAACAUGGAGUUCUACCGUAACCGUGAAAACGGCUCCAAGCCUCCGCCAGACGAGAAGAACUCUCUCUCCCUGGGUAAGAUGGUGGAGAAUGUGGGCCUGAACACUAUACAGCAGUACAAUAACUUGAUAGUUGACAAUCGUAAAAAUCGGAUGCCCUUCUCUAAGAAGGGGUCUGACGGGCAGCGGGACACUGGGGAUGAGGACUCUGUGGUGGGAGAGAUGGAGAGGGAGCAUCAUCACCACCAAAUGGAAAGGGAUCACCAAAGGCCCACUGUCAACGGCAGGAACUGUGGCUCCGGCAACUCUUUCUCAAGCCUUUUCCCCCGCAAGCCCACACCCAUCACCAGCCCCAGCCUGUCCAACUCCUCCAACAAGAGGAUCAAGAUUGAGAAGGAUCUGGACAUGCCCCCGGCACCAAUCAUCCCCUCUGAGAACGUCUACUCUCAGUGGCUGGUGGGUUAUGCCGCCUCACGACACUUCAUCAAAGACCCUUUCCUGGGCUUCACCGACUCCAGACAAUCUCCCUUCGGCACAUCCUCUGAGCACUCAUCUGAGAACGGCAGCCUGCGCUUCUCCACACCUCCUGGGGACCUCCUGGAUGGCGGCCUGUCGGGUCGCAGCGGUACAGCCAGCGGGGGUAGCACCCCUCACCUGGGGGGCAUGGGAUCCGGCCGGCCCGGCUCCAAGGAGAGCCGACGGAGCGACACCUGCGAGUACUGCGGCAAGGUGUUCAAGAACUGCAGCAACCUGACAGUGCACCGACGCAGCCACACGGGAGAGAGGCCCUACAAGUGUGAGCUGUGCAACUACGCCUGCGCCCAGAGCUCCAAGCUCACCCGCCACAUGAAGACCCACGGACAGAUGGUUGUAGGAUGGCUAAACCGUCGGGCUAAACUGCGGAGCUUUAUAGCCAGAGAGAGCAGGGAGAUCUUAGGGGCUCCCUGUGAUGUGUAGUUGAACGCAUUCUGAAAGAAGUAGCAACUCUGACACACACAGAAUGCACAGCUGAGUGAGCUUUUUAGGAAAGAUUUUUCGGUCUUCAGCAAGCACCAACCUUUGCCCAAAUCAGCACUCCUUGUUAUUUUGAAUAAUGUACCCCUGUCCUACCCCCCCCCCCUGUUCAAACCCCCUCAAGUUGACCUUUGACAUCCACGCAAAAAUGUUUGUUUUUUUAGUUAAAAAUCUUUCAUUGAGAAAAAAAGAAGAGAAAAACACAUAUCUUUGCAGUUGACCCGUACUAUGAUUUGUCAAUCAUUUUUUUACACACAAAAAGAAAAAGAAAAUGGAAAAUACGGCUUCUGAGCAAGAAAUGACUUUGACUGGAUUUACUCGGCCUGGGUGAAGGGUUCUAUAGUUUGGGAUCAGCUGAUAUUGAAGUGCCAGCGUUGCUAUAAGCUUGGCUUUCUCAAUACUGGCACUAUAAAAAUGAAAAUUAAUUUAUUUGGACACUUUUUGUACUGCCAUUCAAUUUGACAUGAGUGUGCCUUGAAUACUGAUCUUCCUAUUCACCGUCUCUCAAGACAAAUGCGACACUUUUGUGAAGCAAAGGAUUUGAACAAAAUGAAAACAAUGUAUUAAAUUUAUGUGUCAACUUAGUAUCUAAUUUGCUUAUGAAAUUCCAAUAGAAUAUCAGAGAUAUUACUUCUAAAAAAUAAAACAAAGCUGCAUUUAGGUUAGGAGUAGCCAGCACAACAAUGAUGUGUCUGUGUCUGUAUAUAUGUAUGCAUAUGUACAUAGAAAUGCAUAAACCUAUAUAGAUAUAUAUCAAAUUCUUCAAAUCAGGACAAGACUGUAUCCCUAGAAACAUGGUCCGAGUGGAUUGUUAUGCCACACAAUAGUCAAGGAAGAGACUGGACUAAAAAUCAGGAACUGCAGAAACAAAAAAAGAAUUUAGUGCACUCUGUCUUAAAAUACGUUUACAGUAUUGAAACAAGUACAAGGGUAAAAUAAUAUUUGUGUGUAUGUGUGUUUUAAACCAGUAUUUCUUUUCUUCAAGUUUGCUUAUACAGUUUCUCUGAAUGCCAUGGUGGCGAUGUGUAUAUUGUUUUUUGGUGACGGGGUUUUAGUAUAUAUAUAUAUAUGAAUAUAUAUGAAUAUAUAUGACAUUUUUCUUGUUUACUGUAAAAGUAUACCAGUAUUUGUAAUAUUGGAAAAUGGGCAUUUUACAAAAAUAUUAAAAAAGUUAUUGUUUCUUUAUUUUUAUUUUGGAGUCCAAUUUAAAUGGUGGGUCUUUUAAAAAUGUUUUUGUCACUGUAACUGUAAAAGUCUUCAGUUUUAGUAACUUCUCCUUUUGCUGCAUUGGUGUAAUAAAAUGAAAAUAAAUCAAAUAAAAAGUGAACUGGUAACCAACUUGGAUGGGGUGGGGGGGGGGAAGCUGCAUCAUGUCUGAAUUUCCCCUCGUAGAAACUAUGGAACAUUGUUAUUGCUUUGCAGUAAAAUACUGACAUGUAUCUAUGUUCUGCUUCUGGAAUGGAUGCUGUUCAUUGGCUGGUUUGAAAUACAUGUGUAGGCACUUGUUGUCUUUCUACAGAAGCUUGUCUUUUUGAACCUGUAUGUGCAUCCUUCGUGAAAAGGGUACUUUAAGUACCCGUAUGUCAUUAUCUUAUUUGGGGUAGGGGGACAACAUUGCAACUUCAAGAUAAAACUCACAGGCUGCCACCAUUUAUUUGAUUUAAUUUGGCAGGAUAAAAUAGUGCAGAAAACCCAUGAUGAAUUUGCAUUGUUGACAUGAACCUUAUUGUACAGAAGGGAAAUAAAAAGGUUGUUUGACCUUUUAGCAACAAAAAGUAAUGUUUUUGUUUACUAUUCUGUUGGUUGUACAUAUCUUUAGUUUUUCUAUUUAGAUUUGAACAUUUCUAUGUGUUCUAACUGGCACUGGCAGUGACCAUCUCUCUUUAGGGUCAUCUAGCUGCCCUUUGACCCUAGACCUUUGGUGACCUGUGUGUCAGUUGUACGGGAACCUGACCUGCCAACCCAUAGACUUCACAGCAUGAGAAGAAUGGAGAACAUAUACAAGCAUGAUGUGGUAGAGACGCAGGCAGACAGGUCUGGCCACCAGUCAGAGAAAGGACAUGGAUAGAGUGUGUAGAAAAAGAUACACACAUUGGAGAAAAAAUGGUAAAGUCUCUUAUGAGGUGCAGGGAGAUUAUAUAUCUGGAUACCUUAGUUAGACAUCGUCUCACAGAACCAUGUAGUGUACACAGAGCAGCCGAGGCUGGCUGGAUACAAUCAAAGCUACUAGCUGCAUUCGCCUCAAACCAGAAGCUACAAUUACAGGCAGUUAGUAGCUACCGUACCUGACCACAAUCAUAUGGACAACUAUCAAUCAGUCAGAACCAGGGUGUUUAUAUGAAAGCUGCUCACUUAGAUGUACAGAACUGUCCUCCAACUGUUUAGCAGCACAGAACACCCAUAUCUGUGUUUUACCUUCUUUUUACGAUUUUAUGUUUCCCUUAAAAUAUUGGUGCUUUGAUAUGUGCUAAGAGCUAUUCCGUGUUGGCUGCACUGUUUGUCCGCCCCUGGGCACCGUAGACAGAACACCAAGCAGAGCAAGGCUAAGCUAGGCUGUUGAUGGUGUUCACUUUGUGUAUAGACAUAUUCAUGGAACACUGCCCAGUCUGUGGGUAUAUUCAUUUUGUUUUCCUUCCAAGGUGCAGGUGUAUUGGGCUAGGCCAGUAGUCCCUCUACAUGAGAGACUGAGUGGACGUUAGUACGCCGGUCCUGAAUUAGGAAAUAAAAAUACAAAAGUGCUUUGCUGCUUUCCACUCUUUAUGUUUGACAUUCAAUCAUUUUACUAUUUCAUUUGAGAUUGUUUGAAUGUUUGUAUUUAAAUAAUAACACAGGGUUGGGAUAAAGAAAUCUUUUUUAUAUGUAAUAAUGUUCGAGUACAAAGGGAAGUGGUCCGGGUCUGGACAUACAGGGGGAGGGCUGGGGGCUUUGAGUAGGGAUGUUAUGCUGUGUGUGAUGUCACUUUAUUUAAAUACAUCAACUGAUUAUUUAGGCUGCAAUUGGCUGUGUUGUCUGUGAUGUCACUGAGGUGAGGACAGCGUUCCGUCGUUCUCAGGACUGAUGAGUCCAAUGCCAUUGGUUCGUUACAGUAAACAUGACAUUCAGACAUCA